GGUUAGGCGUUUUGUUUCUCCCUCAGAGGGCAAAUAGGGGACGAGGGGAGCAUGCGCGGGCGCAGGCUUCGACGGCUUGUCCCUCAGGGGUCAGCCUGAACCGCCCCGUGGGGUUGGUGGGUGCGCCGUUCUCUUGUGAGGCGCCGAGCAGUUAGGAACUCUAGUAUUAUUCAUGGCUUUUAUCCUGGCAUUUCUUCCGACAAGCUAGGGGCAGUUUCGUUCCCCUUCUUCCCUUUCAUCCUUACAACAACCCUGCGAGGUGUUGACUGUGCCAUUAUAUCAAAAUUAUGGGAUUAUUUGACAAGCUAGCAGGCUGGCUUGGUCUGAAGAAGAAAGAAGUUCAUGUUCUGUGCCUUGGGUUGGACAAUAGUGGAAAGACAACAAUUAUUAACAAGCUAAAACCAUCUAAUGCUCAAACUCAAGAUAUUGUUCCCACGAUAGGAUUCAGUGUAGAAAAAUUUAAGACAUCUAGUUUGUCAUUCACUGUGUUUGAUAUGUCGGGUCAAGGUAGAUACAGAAAUCUUUGGGAACACUACUACAAAGAUUGCCAGGCCAUUAUUUUUGUCAUUGAUAGCAAUGACACACUAAGAAUGGUUGUGGCCAAAGAAGAACUUGACACUCUCAUGAAUCAUCCAGAUCUUAAACACCGACGAAUACCAAUUUUGUUCUUUGCAAACAAGAUGGACCUCAGGUUUGCUGUGUCAUCAGUAAAAGUAUCUCAGUUAUUGGCUUUGGAGAACAUCAAAGACAAGCCAUGGCAUAUCUGUGCAAGUGAUGCUCUUAAAGGAGAAGGUUUGCAAGAAGGUGUAGACUGGCUUCAAGAUCAGAUCCAGGCAAUGAAGACAUGAAAAACCAAUGAGUUAUGAAAAUGUCAUAAAGAGAAUUUGUAGAUGUACAUGAUGACCUCUUGAAGAUGAAGACUUUUUAUAGGUCUGUUUUCUUCUGUUGGCUUUUAUAAAAGCCCAAUAAAAAUAAUAAUAAA